CCUAUUUAAUAACUAUAGUGAGGAAACAAUUUUCUUUCCUUCCUUUUCCUCUUUUCCUGUGAAUUUUCAUCAUCUUCAUCUUCUCCGAGUUUAUUUCUUCUCAGAAUCUUCAUUUGUGUCAAUCUUUUCUUGGCUUCAUGGAUUCAACUGCCAGCAAGGAUUCUUCAUAUGGUGAUCUGAUCUUCAAGGUACCGAACCCUAAUUCUUCUUCGAGUUCUAAGAGUAACGAGUCUCAUAAGAAGAAGCCUUCGCGCAACAAGGAUUCUGAGGGAGAACCUAAUCGUGAAAAGAAGAAGGUCAAGAAACUACGCUCCAUUCCCAAAAUUGAUACAACCAUUGACUUGCCAGUGCUUGAUUAUAAGCUUCGUCCUCACCCGUUGCGUCACGCUUCAUUGUCGUCCACUGAAGUUAAUGUUGCAUUUGCCGCGUCUGGCCCUUCCGUUGAGCUACAGAAGGUCUCUUCUAGUAAAAUAUCAACAUUCCCGCGAAGGAUAUUACCGCAUCAAUUCCUGAGAAUGUUACCGCGUCUAUAAUGGAUACUACCUUUUCUUCUUCUGAGAAUGUUACCACCCCUAUGGAGGGCACCGCUACUUUGUUUCUUAAGGAUGCUACCACUACUUCUUCCAUGGGUGAUGUUGUAGUUACUCCUCCUCUUAUCAUGGUUAUUCCCUCUUCCUUGGAUACCCCUUCUGCUGAUCAGUGCGUUUUGAGAGGGUCGACUCUGGAACUACGUUGCUGCUGGAUAUUAUCAAUGCCGCCCGUUCAUCCAAUUGUGAUCCUUAUCAAGUUCAAGUUUGUGAUGCCCUUGCUAAAUUAUUAUGUGAACCUUUUCUAGACAAGUCUACUAGGGGUGAGAUUUUCUCCCUGUUAGAUCCAAGCUUUAAUCUUGCUUUUGAUCGUCUGGUAUGUGUUCUUCCAUUUACACUUUUGACUUAUGUUAUUUUACCGCUCAUUUAUAUUGUGUACUACUUAUUCUCUAGGACUCUCGUCGUCGCCUGAUCCAAACUAAGGGUUUUUCUGAAUCGAGCAAUACUAUCCGAGAGCUUUCUCAACAAAUUACUAAGUUAAAGGUGCAUCUUUUAGUUGAAUCUGUUGUGUCUGACAAUCUUCGCAAGAAAAAUCAAGAACUCAGAGGUAUGCUCCUCUUUCUAAUAAUUACUUUUGCAUUGUUGCACUUUUGUUUAUUCUUUGAAUUUUUUCGCACCCAUGUAAAGGAUUAAACCAGAGGCGUGUCAUGGAGAGGUUUAGUUAUUAACAUUCUGCUGAAGAUGCCCGUGCUGAUAAUGAGAAGUUGCAGAAUCAAUUGGACCAGCUAAUUAGUAAUCAUUCGUAUUUGUUUGACCAAAUCGAUAAUUUAAAGAACGAAAACCUUUAUAUAUGUAACCAAUACGAUUUCCUGGGUUCCCAAAUAUCCAAUCUUUCAGGAUUAUUAUAUAUCUCUGAUCUAAGAAAUCGAACUCUAUCAGAUGAAAAUCGAACCCUUGCUGAAGAGAACCGGUCUUUUAUGAAUGAGAACGCAAAGUUUACGCGUAACUAUCUCAAUAUAGUUAAUAUCGGAUACCGGUUUGUCUCGGCGGAGCACCGGUACACUGGUAUGACAUUGUAUCGGGGAGAUUUCGGUACCAAAUAUCGGUGUAAUAUUGAUUAUAUAUUUUACACCUGUUGGUACAUAUAUAUCCCAAUUUUAUAUGCCUAUGCCUAUUAAUAUUUCCGGAAUUUACAUCUCAAAAAAUAAAUAUGCCCAUUAAUACUCAUAUUUCCAGGAUUUACACCUCAAACAAAAAAGUUAAGAGGAUAAACAAUAAGUUAAAUCCAAAAUCUUAAAGCUUGCAUCCACGUGUAAUUAAAGAAAGAAAAAAAGAAAAAAAAAGCUUCAUAUUGUUCGUUCUUAUCAACACUUUUCUCCCUAGCUUUCUCUUUCCCUCUUUCAGAAAAUUUUUUCAGGAAAAACUCACGCUCCACCAUACUCCAUUGUCCACUAUCACCCAUAACUAGCAACAUAUCGUGACUCUGGAGUCUUAACAAAAAUUCAAAUAAUCAUUAAUUUAAUCGAUCACCUAAGAUAUGAAGCAACUUUUGAUCAUUUCAAUUUUCACCGUCAACUGAUAAAGCACCUCCAGAUUUGAAGUUUUGUGCUGGUAUCUAGAGAAAACAUAAGAUGGGUUUGUGUAUAAUCAGUGAAUGAUGAUCUUUUUAUCUCAUCAGAGAUUAGUUUGAUGAUAUUUAUUCUUCUCUUUGUUAUCUAACCAAAACGGAAUUUCGGACGAUUUUUAACCGAUCAGACCGGUUUUAACCGAGACAGCCGAUAUUUUUCGUAGAAUCUCGUCUCGGCGAUAUCUAGUUAUCGUCUCGCUCCACUAGCGAGACCGGAAUAAUCGGCGAUAUCUCGGCCGAGAUGACCGAGAUCGACUACACUGAACUAUCUAGAUCUUAAGAAGACCUGUACUUAUCAGGAAGAAUCUCUUCGCAUCUUGAAAAACCAACAUGAUGAAGAAGUGAAGAGAUUAACCUUAGAGAAUGAAAAAAUAAUUCAGAGUAAAAUAAACGUGACUGUGAAUAUGAACCAACUCCGAGAUCAGCACAAACAGUUAAAGAAUUUUUAUGAUAAUUUAGCAAAGGAGAAUGCCUCUCUUUCCAAGGAUGAAAAAAGGAUUCGAUCCCGUCUUCAAGGUUUGGUUGGUGAUGACUUUGAUAAGUAUAUGGAAGAUAUGAAAAAUAGUGGUCUUUCCUUAUCCCAUCAUUUCGCUUCUCAGUGGGAAGGUAGUCGAAUUGAGCUGACUGCCUCGGUUUUUAUUUACUUGUAAUUUGCUUACUUGUUUCUAUUUUACCGCCCUUGUUUUAUUCGUAAAUCUUUCUAUUUUUGUGGCGUCUGAGAAAGCAUGUCAGUCAGUCUACCAUCCAGAAGUUAAGGUCUGAUCUUUCAAAGGCGCGAAAAGAACGCGGCAAGCUUUCCGUUACACUUUCAUCUUCUCGAGACAAGUAGAAUAAGAGAUGUUUGUAUCUUGAAAGAUUAAUGAAAGUUUCUGUGGAGAAUGUCAAGAAAAAUGUUGCACGUGAUCUUUUUGUCAAGUCUAAGAUUCUUGCUGAUCAAGUCUGCCUCACUCAUUCACUUCCUUUGGUGGAGGUGGAGCCUCUUGAAGUUCCUGCUGACGAAGAGCUUCCUGAACCUGAUAGUGAUUAUUUUGAUGAGAGUGAUGAUGAUAUGGAACUCCUUUUUCAAGAAAAUAAGCCCAGGGAAAUACAGAUAGUGAACUCUCCAAAGGGGAACAUGAAGUUGAUGGUGAAUUCACCAAGGACCCCAAUCUUGAUCUGAGAUUAAUGUUGAAGUUCCCGCACCAAAUCAAGAUGUUCCACAAAAUGAUCUUUAAUUCCUUUUCUUUCUCUACCUUUUGUGUAACUAGACGUUCCGAAGCUUGUGGAGCACGACUUCUGUUUACCUGUUCUUAGCUACAGAUUAAAGAGACAUGUUUUUGUUUUCUAUGUUUUUAUACAUUUAUUGCCUUUCUGAUAUAUUUUAUUAUCCA